AGUGUGCACAAAGCAACUCACAACAACACAUCGUUUAUACGUGACUGUUUUUUUAUAGUUAUAUUGGUGCAUACAUCGAACAUUUUAAAUUUCACAUCAUUCGGAAGAUAGACAGAAAGACUUUUUAAAAACAAAAAAUAAUUUUUUUGUUCUCUGUAAAGUGCAUAUUUUGUCUACGAUUUUUUUUUUGAAAAGAUUAUUGUGUGUUUAGUUUGAAUUGACACCACGGUGUACGCGUCUUGUAUUUUUAGCAAGCAAUUGAGAGAUAAAAUCGAGAUAAAUUAUGUAAAUAUGAAUAGUUCAUUGAAAAAAUCGCUUAAGCGGUUUUUACAUUUUGGCCCAGCAAUCGCAAUAGGCAUUAUAAAAUGUGUUACCCUUACAACAUUGUACAUAAACUCGAUGUGGUGGCCACCGAAUCGGUCUGUGGGCGGGAUGAUUCAUCAAAUGGUUUUCCUGGUUCUGUCCGCGCUUUCCGCCUUCAAUUACGUUAUGGGAACGAUAUGUGGACCUGGAUUUUUACCUCUUAAAUGGGAGCCCAAAGACAAAAGAGCCAAAAAAAUGUUGCAAUUUUGCGAUAUUUGCAAAGGAUAUAAAGCACCCAGAUCUCAUCAUUGCCGAAAGUGUGAACGAUGUGUAAUGAAGAUGGACCACCACUGCCCAUGGCUGAACACGUGUGUCGGUUGGAACAAUCAUGCAUAUUUUACGUCAUUUCUGGCGUUUUCGGUACUUGGUUGCAUUCAAUCAACCAUCAUUUUAAGUGCUUCUAUUUACCGUGGGAUCCACUAUUCAUGGUACAUUUAUACGAAUCAACUCCAUUUGGCUACUGUACAAUUUGGAAUGGCUAGCCUUAGUUUGUGUAUCUUUAGUUUGGGCCUAUCCGUCGGCGUUGUAAUUGCAGUCGGAAUGUUAUUAUUUUUCCAAGUUCGUGCAAUUAUGCGCAAUCGAACGGGAAUUGAAGAUUGGAUAUUGGAAAAGGCCAACUAUCGAUAUGAAGGUUCUGGCCAAAAAUUCGAGUUUCCCUAUGAUUUGGGCACUUGGGAGAACAUAAAACAAGUUGCCGAUCCUAGUUGUGCUCCGAUUGGUGAUGGCAUUCAUUGGAAAGUUCGCAGCGGUUGUAAUCAAUAUACACUUACGAUCGAGCAAUUGGCACAAAAAGAAGAGAAACGAGCUCGAACGCGAACGUAUUCAAUACAAAGGGCUGCAACGGGCUCAUGGGUUCCGAUAUUUUCGCAAGGUUGUAAGGUUUCCAUGUUUAUACCCUGUACAGAUGAACCGCGAAUCAAGCUAGAGAUUGGUGACAUUGUCAAAGUCACACGAUGGAAAGCACAUUGGCUAUUUGGAGAGAAAGUGCAAGGUGCCAAACAGAAAAAAGAUACAAAUGGUUUGAAUGAAAAGGAAAAAUUAGAAACAAUUAAGAAUGUUCGUAUUCGUGGCUGGUUUCCACGCAAAUGUGCCGUAGAACUUGUUAAUCCAGAUUCAGAUGAUGAACACGAGCAUUUUACAGCGAAGAAAACAAAUUAGAUUUAUAAAACAGUAUGAGAACAAAGAGAAAACACUUAAUCCAUCCGUUAAUUACUUCAGUGAAAUUUAUACAAAUAUAAUGCAGGUCUACUUAAAUCAAAUAGCAUAAAAUGUGACUCGCAUUCGUCAAGUAGAUAAUUUUCCCCGUAAGGAACCACGGUAACAAUUUAAAGAAGAACAAAACCAAAUAUUGGUCAACAAUUAACUUAUGACUUUUAAUAAAUUUUGCCAAAAACACAAAAGAA